GCUAAGCUAGCUGAUCUGUGUCAACGCCAUUGGUUUCGCCUGAUCCUCUCGAGCUCGAACCUGCAUCCAAAUCCCAGUUCUCUGGAUCCCUAACUCUCGGUUCCCGAAGGUGAUCGAAAACUUGCCCUCUUCUAGUUACCUCGAAAUGCUCCAGUUCAACGCCAUAAACAAGAAAAAAAAAUGUUUUCUUGCCGAUCCUCUCCUCCAUAAACACUUCCUCCGUUGUUCUUGAGCCUAUUAAUGGAAUGUACGUAUGACCAGACACACCACAAGAACGAAGACGAAGACCACGACGACGAACACUCUAAGCAAGAAAACUUGUUCACAAGGCGUAAAGCGCUAUUUUUGGGUCUGCCCAACUGCUCGUCCACCCCGUUUACGAUCUACUAGCUAGCUUUGGUUCAUAAUAUUUGUAUCAGAAACUUUGACGCAAAUGGCUUCCUACUCUUAUAACUCCAAUUCUUCAUAUGGUUCUAACCCAAAUUCUUCACUACAGUCUGAUCAUUUUGAGAGGCUGUUUGACCCUUUUCCUCACGGUGUAGAAGGUUUUGAUGGGGUUAUGCUUGGCGGAUCGGGGCUAUCUCACUCGUUAGUUUUGGAUAGCGAGAAGGGAGAGCUUGUGAAAGCUCCGGUAAGAGUUGGAAAGAAAGGGUUGUCGGAGGCGAAGGCUUUGGCGGCUUUGAAGAGUCACAGUGAGGCAGAGAGGAGGAGAAGGGAGAGAAUCAACGCUCAUCUCACCACUCUUCGUGGCCUGAUGCCCUUCACUGAAAGGAUGGACAAAGCCGCGUUGCUUGCUGAAGUAAUAAGCCAAGUGAAAGAAUUGAAGAAGAAUGCAGUUGAAACAAGCGAAGGUUUUCUCAUUCCCAUGGAUGCUGAUGAGGUGAGAGUCGAGCCUUGUGAUGAUGGAGCAGAAGAUGGAAUAAUGUCUUACAGGGCAUCUAUCUGCUGUGAUUACCGACCGCAGUUUUUCUCUAAUCUAAGACAGGCCAUUGAUCCCCUUCAGCUUGAGAUGAGGAAGUCGGAAGUUUCAACCUUGGGCUGCCGAGUGAAGAACGAGUUCGUUUACGUUUGUUGCAAAGGUGACAAUAUUAACAUGACAGAAUGCCAAGUUAUUGCAGAUAAUGUCUACCAAGCCCUCACUUCUGUAAUGGAUAAAGCUUCUGUCGUACCAGAAUACUCCCCAAGUACAACACACCCAUGAUCUAAGGCCUCUUUCUUUGACACCUCAUCAUCUAGUUCAUCCUGAAACUCUAGCUACACGUGUUAUCAUGUGGCUGAUUGAUAUUCUGCGUUACUUGUGAAGGCAUACCUGUGUCGAACACGU